AUGGACAGACUACUAACAAAACGCACCUGGAAGGAUGAGUUCUGGCAGAACCCCUUCGACCAGGGGGGCCUGGUAGUGAUCUGCUUGUUCAUCAUUACGGUCCUGUUUCUCAUCUUGUUUGCUAUUGUGUUUGGUUUACUCCCCCGACUCGAUAGGGUCAACGAGUAUGAAGAGUCGUGA